AAAAACAAAUGUUUUUGAAUGUGUAUAUCUACAAAACACAAUAGGGUAUGUGUAAUUAUGACAGACGUUUCCUUAACAAUGUUGUACGAAGGCAUGGAUACCAAUAAGGAAAUAAGUAGGUUGUAAAUAUUUUAGUAGAGCGCAUUUGAAUAAAAUGGCCAGUAUAAAAGACCUCCAAAUUAUCCUACUCCUUAGUGGAAAAAGAAAAUCAGGAAAGGAUUACAUAUCUGCUAAACUUACAGGAUUAUUAAACGAUACAUGUACUCUAAUUCGUAUAUCAGGACCACUAAAGAAAAAAUAUGCAGACAUAAAUAAUUUGAAUUAUGAAGAAUUAUUGACCGAUAAUGGUUAUAAAGAGACAUACAGAAAACAAAUGAUUAUUUGGAGUGACGAAAUUAGGAAAACGGACCCAGGAUAUUUUUGUAAAGUAGCUUGUGAAGAAGCUAUUCCAAAAAAAAUUUGGAUUGUUAGCGAUAUUAGACGUAAGACUGAUAUAAAUUGGUUUCAAUCUAAUUACGGAAAAAUGGUUAAAAAAGUACGGAUUAUUGCUGAUGAUGACGUAAGGAAGCAGAGAGGAUGGAAAUUUACUAAAGGUGUAGAUGACGCAGAGUCUGAAUGUGAUUUGGAUGAUUAUAAUGAUUGGGAUUUGAUAAUAUCUAAUAACAACUCCAGUGAUUUUGAGAAUGGAAUUGGAAAAAUAUUAACUUUAAUAAACGAGUCAAUUCAGGGUUAGAAAUUGUACGUAAGCGUAUUAAGUACACUUUGUUAAUUUUAUCAAAUUGAGGAUUAUAUUUGGCACAUAUGUAUUUAUUAAAUUAUUC